AUGGCAGCAUAUUUUCCUCUUCAUAGACGUCGAGUAACGCCAAUAGAACAACCUCAUGAAGCUGAGCCGCACCAAGACCGCAUCAGUGAAUCCACUAGCGGAAACCAUGAAGGAGCGAUCAACGAUACGUGGGCCGCAAAUGCUUCAAUGUUGAUAUUUCCUUCACCAUCAUCAUCCUUGCCACCUACACCCGCAUCUUCCAAUGCAGCCAUUCCGCUCAGUGUUGGAUCUGCCUCAUUGUCAAACCUCUCCCUUCCAACAUCCAUGAGCUUGGGCAGCCCUAUUGAUACAGAUAUCAGUGAUUCAUCACCCGUAUCUUCUCGAAGGAUGCGCCUACGAAUGCCCCGUACCCAAGCACACCGUGAUCAUCGGCAUGCAUCCAUGGUGCAUCCUUUCCCAAGCAGAUUCAGUCCAACUGCUUCAUCACAGGAGAUUGUUUCCCCUCUUAACGGACUGCAAGUCGAGCUCGAAAGCUCUAGUGAGGCUUCCGACACCGGUAUUGACAUCGAGGUGUGGGAGUGGUCAUCAAUUCAAAGCUCCUCAGAGGAGCUUCCAAUGCGGAGAACAGCAAGACAAGAACCGUUAUUGCGUUCUCUGCCAGAUACCGGGUUUAACUACAUCUACCGAGAUGGGUGGCUCGAACACACACGUGGUCGUACGAUAUCACAAUUCACUCAAGUAUCAAAUAACUCUGCUCUAUCCUAUUUCAGUCACUCGACUGAUACUUCAAGCAAUCGGUCUGUGCCACCAACACCUAUUCACUUUCCAUUUCUCUCCAUCAUCAAGCGCAUAUUUACUCUCGACUCCGAAACUGUCUUGUUACUUGGAGUGCUUGGUCAUGCCAGUGGAGCUGAAGCAGACCUUUUCCUUAGUUCCCCAUAUGACCUCCCCGAACUCGCAUCUUCCAGUGAAGGAGAACCGGAAGUUGUGGAAACAAUCGAUUCAACUGUUACCCUUCUUACACAAGCACAAGAAGGUUCACCAAGGGCAGCUUUGAUAUCCCUAAGAAGAGGCCUAACAGCAAACAUAGAGGAAGACCCUUCCUUUACAACAGAUAGCACCCUUGCACUCCUUCCGACCCUACCUCUUCAAGUUAUCCAGAAUAUCCUCUGGGCACCCAUCUCCGUAACGUCCUCUAUCACAUCCAACACUCUCAAUACAACAUCUCAAGUAAUGAAGAAAUCGACUAGUAUGAUGGGUGACGCACUUCAUAUCGCAUUUAAGCCUGCAUUAUCUGCUAUCGACAAUUGGUCCGAAGAAUUGGUGGAUGAUCCUUAG